UGUAUGUAGAGCAGUGCAGCCAUUCCUCACAGCCUCUGUCCAUCCACAGUCAUUGUGAAUGCAACUGGAGUCAGAAAGAGGGAGGCACAGAAAAGGAGAGAGUGUAUGUUUUUGUUCUGGGGGAGAAAGGCGUUCUCCUGCCUCAGGAUGUUGCCUUUAAAGCUGAAGAAGUGGGCUUCCUGUGGAGGAAACGAUCACAGAAUAGACAAGGCUUGGUCGAGACACCAUGUUCCCAGCAUUUCUUGAGCACAGGUCACCCAGCUGCAGAGCGGGCAACACACUUUUGUAGAAGAAAGACAGUCUCGAAGACUUUAGAAGGGUUUAUUUCCAUAGAUGGAUCCAGGUUGCUUUGAAGUCCCAUUGACCUUUUGUACAGCAGGAUGGAUUUGUGAAUAUUACACAAUGGACCUGUGACAAUUGGAUGCAUUUAACUGAGGACAAUAGAGACUUUGUUUCCUUUCCGUUGUCUUAAGUGAAUGAAUGGGUAUUUCGAAACAAAGUCAUCUAACUCUGAGUGUCAAUCAGUGUCUGAUUGAGGUCACCUCUAGUUUCCCAUGUGAGGAGCUUGACAAACAGAGACAUGUCCAAUGACACCUGCAACCUCCCUUUGAACACGGACACAUUAGGCCUGACCUGUAUCUAUGGCCUCAUCUUCUCUUUGGGUCUCCCCAGCAACCUGCUGUCUCUCUGGGGAUUGUACCAUCUGGGGCGUUCAGGCGGGGGAGGCUGUCAGCUGGUCUACAUCCUCAACCUGCUGCUGUCAGACCUCCUCCAGCUGCUCACCCUGCCACUGUGGAUUCUUUACCUCCAAAGUGGGCACAAGUGGCCCUAUGAACAACUAACCUGUGAGCUGGUUGGCUAUGUGUUUUACGUAAACGUCUAUGCCAGCGUCAUGUUCCUGUGCCUGAUAGCGAUGGACCGCUGCCUGGCCAUUGUGUACCCACUGAGCAGCCGUGGGGUGCGGACAGUGAAGGUAGCAGCAGUCUCAGGAGUAGCAGUGUGGACUCUAACCUUCCUGUUCUGCCUGAGUGGACUGCUGCCGUCUGUGUUUGACUCAGACAGGCGGCUCUGUCUGGAGCAGUACCCUGUCAGCCCCAGAUAUGCUCACUUUAAGAUUACCACCGUGGUUCUGGGCUUCCUGCUGCCAUGUACCAUUCUAGGGUACACCUCAGCCCACAUCGGCGUGACACUCCGACGAUCUCCUUCCGUCUCAGACCACGAGCGGCACAAAAUCGUAGGCAUCCUGGUUGUGAUCACCAUAAACUUCAUCGUUGUCUUUGGACCCUACCACCUCGUUGGCGGAUACAGGUUCGUGUCCCUCCUACUGACUGAUGAGCCGUGUGGAUUCGAGCGUUCCAUUUUCCUCGUCUAUCGCCUGUGCUACGGUCUCACCAGCCUCAACACCCUGCUGGAUCCACUCUUCUACAUCUUUCUGUGCUCUGAUGCUCGGCUAGAGCUGCAAAGAUCGCUGCCUUGUCUGGGAAGAGGGCAAAACACGCGCAAAAACAUGACCCUCAGUACCAGAGCUCAACUGAACACCACGAGUGAGACUGAAACUAGACAUAGUAACCUUCUAGCAAUAUAACUUGGAGUCGACCACACAUCUGCCUGUUGAUAUUUGGUCAAUUGUGCCACCCAGUGGGAAUGUAUGUGUGCAGUUUUUGUAUACUGAGUUUCAACUCUCAGUGAAUAAAUUAACAAGUCUCUGAGGGUUUGAACUUCCUCAUCUAAACACUCUUCUUGUUCAGUGUUUAGCUUUAGUUUCCCAUGAUCAUUGAAGUACUCCUGGCAUCAAAAUAGGACAGAAAUUUUGACGUACAAAUAUCAAAGUGCAAAGACUUGAACUGUUGCCUACACAAACUCACUACUAUGUAACUCAGUGGACAUAUGGAGCUGUAUUUUUUCAUGUCAAAACUGCGCAUUCAUCCACAUUGUGUCUUCAAGAAGAGGUAUGCAGACACAGAAAUAAAACCAGGAAGUGGUCAGAUCA